AUGAUGGUACAGCCGACCGUAAUCACGCCACCCUUACCAUCGCCAACAGCAAUAAUAACGUCGGACGAAAAGAUGCAAAAAAUCGAUCGUAAUAUUGUGUUUCAGCUGGACAACCGUGAACGAGGCUACCGGACGCGACGGAUACGACGGAUUGGGUCGAUAAUGGCGCCAACAACGACGCUCAUCAGCGCUGGCUGUGGCGAGCAAACGUUUCGCCAGCUUGCGAUUGAGUUGGCCGAGCUAGGAUUACUUGAGCGAUUGAAAACGAGUAAUCUCUGUGAGCCAAUCGAUGAUCUGGCCAGCGAGACGGAGUCCGUGUUUAAUAUCGAACAAAGCCAUAAUGGACGCCUGACGGCCACCGUGCAGACCAACAGAAGUGUUAAUGUGUUUAAAACGACAUCGAUGCAAAAAGUUGCAAAAUAUCCCACUGGCGAUCGAUCCGUCUGGACGCUGGCAUUCCACCCAACAAACGAGAACAUUAUCGCGUUCGGUACGCUCGGUGGUGCCGUAUCGGUGUACGUGGACAAUCGGCUUGCGGGCACACUGAACGAACCGGAACCGAUCGGCUCGUUGUGCUUUCAUCCGACGCUGAACUAUCUGCUGCUAACCAGCAUGAACGAAGUCAUCUUUUGGGAUUGGAACAACAACACCACGUACACGACCGGCAUGUACAGCGAUUGCAAGUGUCGGUUCCUGCACGUAACGCAGGAUUUGCGACUAAUUACCGGGAUAACGCAAACGCGAACCCAUCUGAUGGCGGGCGUGGGCAAAAACGUGGAAGAGGUUGAACCGGAGUAUCUGAUGGUUUCAUUCCUGCGCAGCGUUAGCCUAAUGUUGGAUAAGCUCGAGCUAACGCUGUCAACGCAUGUUGACUAUCUGCUACAGCUGGAAAUGAAUAAGCAGUGCCUUAUCUGGAUACAUCUGCUGCAAACGAUUAACCGAAAGCGGGGUGAAGUACGAUGCUGUCCGACGGUUGGUCCUGCGGAUAAGUGUACGAAGUCAAAUCUCAACCUCACACUCAUGUCGUUGAUCCGGAAGAUAGAUGCGCUGGAGGGUCGUCUGCUUUCGCACAACACGUGCAACACAUCCCUCUGUAUCACGCCCGUAAUCAGUCAGCGGUUGUGGUCUCCGGGGGCUGUGCUCUUAACACAACCAUUGAUCUACUUCAGAAACAUAUGCCAAAAUUACAUUUGCCAAGGCCAUAGAAGCUACAUAAAAUAUGUAUUCGAUCUCAGCCUGGUGGGUGAACUGCUGCGCAAAGUGUGUCGUAUGCUGUAUACUCUCGCCCCGUCAGAACUACCAGAUACUUGGGACUAUAUUUCCCAGCUGUACGGAGCACCUUUGUCGCCUGAAAAACACUGCAUCUUGCAAGCUUGGGACCUAGAAUCGUUCCAGGGCGAUGUGGAUGAUUUACCUGAUUUUAAGGAAGAUUGGAAAAAUGUGAUAACUAUCUGUCUGAUCAACAACGAUUCGAACGUUGCCAUCUCACAGUGCGAACAGUUUAUCGCUUCCGUACGGUUUCGCUCCGUGAAUGAAAUGGAAAUUAGAAGCCUUCGACGGGACAACUUUGGCGAAUUGAUCUAUGCAUUCAAGUUUACUGCCAGCUUCGUAUCACUUUCCUUCUCACCAUCCGGUCGGUACGUUGCCGUUGGUUUGCGGUGCCGCCGAAACCUCAAAUACGCAUACAUUCUCGAUAAGGAGACUCGCUGGCGGAUAGGCGUCGGGUUGAACGUUCCGAACGAUACGACCGAAGGUUUGGAUAUCGAAACAGUGUCGCAGAACGAUCGUGUAGGAAUUAGACUGUGUCUACCACUCGAUCCGGAAGACUACCUGGAGAUCAACUGCAUCAAAUGGGCAUCCCUACCGGGGUAUGGUCUUUUGCUCGGAUUGAAAUCGAAUUUCAUUCAAGUCUGCCGGUAGUGUU